UCCCCAUGGCGGCGGCGGCAGCGGCGGCGGCGGGGGCUGGCGGGGCGGGCGGCGGCGGCGCUUCGGCGGCGCUGGGCGACGGCGGCGCCAUCGACUACUCGGUGCACGAGGCGUGGAACGAGGCCACCAACGUGUACCUGCUGGUGGUGCUGGCCAGCCUCGCCCUCCUCGUCUACGCGCGGCGGAACAAGAGGAGGAUCAUGCGCAUCUUCACCCUGCCCCCGGCCGCCGAGACGCCGCCCGAGCCCAACUUCUACGACAGCAUGAAGAAGAUCCGCCUGCGGCAGCAGUUGGAGAUGUACUCCAUCGGUGUCAUGAUGAGGAGCUUCUCAGAAACAGAAGUGGAUGAUGAGUGGAGAUGAAGAAAUCAUACAUUUAAGAAGUUGGCUCAAGUUUCCGUUACAGGCAUGGAAAGUUUCUGAGACCAAGCCAUGCGAGAAGAACAUGAGUAAAGAAGAGGGAGAUGUAGACCCAGACUUUCUAGAAGGGAUUGCAGGAUUUGAGAGGACGCUGCACAAACGUCACGUAGUUUUCUUGCUUAUUCAUUUACCUGCACCCCUGAACUGUAAUACUUUGUUUGCAUGUCUGUUUGGAAAUUGAAAAAUCCCCUCACAUCUGUGUCUUUAAUAUAAUCGUGGCUUCAAGCUUGUUUUAGGAAGAGCAGAACAUCGCUGUAGUUUCAUUUGUGGAUGAGAUAGCUGCUGCUUUGUACUUGAAAUCAAUUUGGGGUUUUUCUUGUUGAAACAUACAUUGAAUAUGGAAAAGCUCAGACCAUUACAAAAUAGGAAGUUAGGAGUUUUGCUCAAGUUUAAUAAACAGCCUUUGCAUAGAAAGUAUGACGACAGGUGCAUAGGUAAAAGAAAAAAAAAUCGUGCUAACCCUAUGAUUUGAGUAACCUUAUAAUGUAUUGUUCUUAUGGUGUCCUUAGACAGAUGCCAGAAUCAAAUAUCAAUCAAUUUUAUCUUUUCUAUCUGACUGUUGGUCAGAAAAAUGUUCUAGGUAAGAUUUCUUGCCAGGGUUGUAGGGUUAUAAGUGCAGAUUUCUUAGUCAGGAGAGAGCUUUUUGGAGAGAGAGUUUUUGAGCAUCUUGGCUGUGCUGUGAAGUAUCUCGAAGGAAAUACUGGCCAUGCAGUCCAACAGCUUAAUGAUGCUGUGAACAGAUUUGAUUGUAGUAAGUCUCUGAUACAAAGUUAUUAAGACUUUGAUGUAUAUGCAUUUAAAAUUUUAAAAGUAAAUGUGUUUUCCUGUAUUGAAAACUAUUGGUGGUAGUGGCAGGCAAAGAACAUCUUUAUUUUUCUUAUGAACUCCUAUCUGGUGUCUUAUCCUUAAUAAAAGGCUAUGGUUAUUUUUGUAUACUGACUGAAUAUUUGGCCUUUAAGAGUAUAUAAUUAGAUAGAAGAGUAAAAGCAGUUGUUAAAGGACUAUUUUUUUAAAUGAAAAUAGUUUGAAAUCAUAUAAUUUUAGUUUCUUCUGAAUAGAUGUGAUUAGUGUGUUGGAAAUAGUUUUACAGUGGAUAUAAGGGGAACAGUUGAGAGACAGUGGCUGAGAAUGUGUCCAGAUAUUUUUGUAGUUAUAUUUUUCCAGUUAGAUUUUUUCAGUCUCUUUACUUAGAUAUUUCCAUAUAAUCGAGCUGCUACAUCACAAUGGGAUACAAAAACUAUUUGCACUUUUUAAUAUUUACAUUUUAAAAUAGGUUUUAUUGUACUAAUUGAUAAGUAAAUUGCAAUGACUGUGAGAAAAUCCUAGCCUAUUUUAUUACUUUGAUAGAAAUUUGAAUAUGGGAUAGUAUUGUCUGUAUCAUAUAAGAAUGUUUUCAUGGAUUUUUAGCUGCUGAAACUGAAAUCAAUAAACUUUAGCUACUGUUGUUGACUGGAA